CCCUUUUCUUUUAUUGGAUAAAGAAGUGAUAUUGGAAAAACUCCCACCUGUGAAGGACCGCUCAAGAACUUUGCAUCACCCUUUGAAACAUCCGACCAGCCUUCGAGAGCAACCUUUUGAGGAUCAUAGACCAAGGGAAAGGACUGCCAUGAAUGAAUGGCAGCAACAGUAUUCCCAGGAGACAUUUCAUCAAUCCAAACAUUCCUCCCAAAGCAGAACACAUAACUCAGCAAGGACAAAGUAUGUUUACCCUGAAGAACCAGGUGAUAUUGUGUCCGAGGGGAAAGCAGAUGGAGUGGACAAGGCAUUUUCACUGAAGCCUGUUUACCAUAAAAGAACUCUAAUCAUAGAUAGGUUGAGUAAUGACGAGGUAGCUUGUAAACCUAAUGAGUUUCAAAGACUCCCUCCGUAUUUCCCCUCACCACCACAUGAUCAUUCAGAGUAUGAUAGAAGUGUCAUAAUAAGCCAUAGAAGGCCGGCUGAGGAUCCUUCACCAUCAUUGGAAGAGAACACAAACAGCAGAAGGGUUGCUGGGUACAAACGAUCAAAGGGAGAGCAGCAGAGGCUGGAUUAUGAGCGGAGGAUGGCAAGGAAAAUUGAAAUGGAUAAACUAAUACUUCAGGAGAAGCUGUUGAAAACUCAGGAAAAAGUGAGAGAAAUGCAGCAGAGGGAGAGAACUGUCUCAGGUGAUAACACAAAGAGGGCAGAGAGGCAUAUUAGGAGACCAGUGGAAAGAGAAAAGGAGUGGAUCGAGAGCAAGGUGUCCUUGGCUGAGCAGAGAAGGGAAAAGGAGAGAGUUCACGAGAUGGAAAGGAGGGAGAGGUUGAUGAUGAGGGAUAAAAGCCAGGAGGAUAUUGAGUGGCAGAGAGAGAAAAAAGAAGAGUUAAAUAGGGAGAGAAGAGAGAAGAAGAGGGCACUUGCAGAAGAGUGGGAGAUGUUGGAAAGAAUGGAAAGGGAAAUUGUGAACAAGCCAGAGUGGAGUAGAGACAGGAGGGCUGAGAAGGACCUAGAGCAACAGAGGGAGAAAAAUGGAGAGUGGAGCAGGAGGGCUAGAGAAAGGGAGAAUGAAAAGGAUACAAAUUGGGAGAGGGAGAAAAUAUUUGAGAGGAAUAGGUGGGAGAGGGAGAAAGUGAAAGAGAGAGAACGAAAUGGGGAGAAGGUUGAGAAGAAAAGAGACUGGGAGAGGGAGUAUAAGUGGGAAAGGUCUUCUAGAGAGAGGUAUGUUUCAGCUGAUGAUAAGAGGAAGGAGCGUGACAUAUUUCAUAGAGGGCUGGAUCAGGAGGGACAGCUUAAAACUGCACAAAGAUCAGUGCCAGGGAGCCGCAGUAGCAUCAAUUGUAGAAAAAUAUCUCGAGAAGCUUCCCACACAUCACCCUCGGUUCACCGCCAGUCUAGUCGGCUACUGCAAGUGGAACUCAGCCCAGUGGAGAGUGCUGACAAUGCUUGCCUCCAGCUCAUCCCUUGCAGGAUUUGCCACAGAAAAUUUGCUGCAGAGAGACUCGCGAAGCACCUUCAGGUCUGUGAGAGGAUGCAGCGCUCCAGCCGCAAAGUCUUUGACUCCUCCAAGUACAGGGCCAAGGGAACUGACCUGGAAGAGUUCAUGAAAACCAACUCAAGAACCAAGUCUCCUGAGCUAAAGAAGAGCAACUGGAGGCAGAAACACGAGGCAUUCAUUCGUAAUCUGCGCCAAGCCCAUGUUCCAGCAACAGGUGCUUUGCAUCCCCAACCACCUAUCCAAGACAAUGAUGAUUAUGUGACCUGCCCUCACUGUGCCCGCCGAUUUGCCCCUGGGCCAGCAGAGCGACAUAUCCCCAAGUGCCAGAACAUCAAGAGUCGCCCUCCACCUCCCCGCCACCGCCGCUGACAAAACCAACUAAUUUGCAAUGAUGUUUAUAAAAAAGCAUUCAAAACUACAUUUUACAUUUGAGUCAUUUAGCAGAAGCUCGACCUACAAUUAGUGCAUUCAUCUUAAAACAGCUAGGUGGGACAACCACAUAGCUCAGUUAUAAUAAGUACAUUUUUCCUCAAUAAAGUAGCUAUCAGCAAAGUCAGUGCUAGUAGGGGGGAAAAAGUCAAGAGCAAAUGUUAGUUCACAAAAGGCAAUUAUUUUGUA